ACAGAGAGAGAGAGAGAGAUCUGUGACAUGUAACGUCACAUUCUGAAAUUAGAGCUCUAAAGGAUGGUUUUUGUAGAGUUUUUCAAAAGACCUGCAGAAACACAGGUGAACUUGCAUCAGCCUGUGGAUCCGAUCAUCGAUUGGUUCGGUUCCACAUCACGGCUGGAUACCUUGUCGCCAGGAUCCGUCGAUAUCACAGCAUAAGCACACGGGAAAACGACAGGAAAUCAUUUUCUCCAUUUACAGCGGACCGUACUCGGCUCAGUAGAACUGAUAUUUACCAUUACCACUAUGGUCAGUGAAAUACGAAGAGGAGUUCAGAUAUUGGUAAAAUGAUUGAUUCGCUGAAAAGAAUCAUUGGUAUUUGUCUGCGUAUCCAGAACCAGUUGGCAUGCUAUAUGUUGUUAAUUCUACUUGAUUGUUUUUCUGGAAACGCUUAUCCCACUGGAACAAAUGAAUCUAGGAUAAUUGCAUUCUUGUUUCAAUACGAGAAUAACAAUUCAGGAAUUGCUCAUAUUCGUGUUAAGCGAUCCAAUGAAUCGUCUGUUCCUCAAAAACAAUAUGCUAAUGCUGUCGAAGAAUUUUAUGCUGAUCCAAACAAUAGGGCUAUGUACCUUGUUCUACCUCUGAUAGUGCUUAUUUAUGGAGGUUGUAGUUCUAUUUAUUGCAUUCACAAAUGCUGUCGAUACGUAAAAAGAAAAAAGUUGGAAAAGGAGAUGCAAAUGAGAGAACGUUUAACAUCAGAAACAGGAAGUUGUACUGAAAUGGAGGAAACAAGUGAGAAACAAAACUUUGAAACAGAAGCAUCGUCCUCCGUUGAUACCGGAAAUCAUAAAAAACCAAAUGGAAUCGAGGUUUCACCCCCACCCGCAUACAACAAUUCCCUUUUAGAGGAUGAAGAAUUGCCUUUGGAGGAUUUCGAAGACUACAGUGGAAUGCAGGGCAACCAAAAAGACCUUAGUAGACAUAAUGAGUCACACCAGUCAAAUCACGAAGAGAAGAAAAGUUAUUCACAUCAGGAAACCAGUUUUAUCGAUGAACAGAAAAACAAGCAAUCAGUGGAUUGGAACAAAAUUUCAGAGGAUAACAGAAGCAUGGAUCAAGUGAAUAACAAUUCCGUAUCCUCUGCUAAAACAUCAAGAUCACAAAGCAGGCCGAAACCAUCACCUCCACCAGCAUAUGAAAAAAGAACCUCUCCAGAUGGGAAAUCCUCCAGAGGCAAAGAACAGUACGAUCUGACGCCAAGAGAUAUCGAAGACAUUUUGAAUUACUACAGUGACAAGAAACAUAUGCCAGAUGUAAUACCAGAUGACACAGAAAAUGUCGUUCCAUUGAAAAAGAAAAUAAAGAAAUGGAAACAUAGGGUUUUUAACGGAUGAAUGUAAUGCAUUGAAUAAAAUAAAAUUGCUGCUUGUUAUUAUUAUAAAAAAAAUUACUAAAAGAAUCAAAAUUCAAUUAUAAUUUUUAACGGUUAAAACGUUUGAUCUAGAUAAUCUUUUUUUAAUUUGUGCUCUGCACAGAACUGUACUAUUUUCAUUGUAUGACUCUUACUUCUUGUCUGUUGUUUUGAAGAAUUGAAAGAAAAAUACCAUAUUUUUUUAAUUUGUGCUCUGCACAGAACUGUACUAUUUUCAUUGUAUGACUCUUACUUCUUGUCUGUUGUUUUGAAGAAUUGAAAGAAAAAAACCAUAUAAAUAUCGUUCAAACACAACGUUAAUAACAAUUGCGAUUGUUUUGUUCUGUAAAUGUGUGUCGAUUUUGAUCUUGAGCACAAGUUAAAAGAUCGUCGAUACAUUGAGAGAUUUUCAAUUUCAUUAAGAAACGAAUGUU